UUGUAAAAGGAAGUGGGAGCAUCAAUUCUAUUCCAAUCGUGAAUUAGGUGGGAAGGAAUGGAAUAAGAUUCCCAUCCAUCAUCCCCAAUUCCGGAAUCCAUUCAAUCUCCAAAUCCGGUCCUAAUUGGAAUUCCCAAUUCUAGAUUUUCAAAUCCAAUUCCGCCGUCGGUAUUCGUCGAUCUCCACCGCCACCGUGAGAAAACUCCCCAACCUUCCUGCUCCAAUCGACAUACCCUUCUAUAUCUGGAAUUUUGUAGGAAUGGGUAGAUUGUCGGUCAAAAGCCACAAAUGGACCAAAAUUGAAGAUGAAGCACUAAUUUCUGCACUCACAGAGUUAUGCCAAAGCGGUUGGAAAAGAGAUAAUAACAGCUUUCGAAGUGGAUACACGAGUGUCCUGGAAAAAGAAUUGAAAUCUAAGCUUCCUGGAUGUAAUCUGAAGGCUAGUCCUCAUAUUGAAUCACGGAUCAAAACCUUAAAGAAACACUGUGAGGCCAUAACCAAUAUGAAAGAUGCAUUUGGUAUUGAGUGGAGAAGUACAGACUGCAUGUUAAUAUGUUAUGAUGAUGAUAUAUGGGAAGACUGGAUAAAGGAUCAUUCAGAUGCUAAGGGGUUGAGAAACAAGCCAUUUCCUUAUUAUGAGGAGCUGUGUCUGAUAUUUCAAAAGAACAGAGGCAAUCACAAGACUGUUGAAGAUGCAUUGGAAGAUAACAGAGCUCGGCAAAUAUAUGAAACUAGUGAUUAUGCUGGUCAUAUAUCAAAGGACGAACAAUUUAAAGUGCCAGAAAAUGAGAAUAAUGAGUCCGACAAUGAAGAGACAAAUGGUCAUAAAGGGAAUGAAAUGGGGACUGAUGAUUCAAAUGAUGGCGAUGAUGUGUCCAUAGAUGACGUUACAGAGGCCGCUAACAAUAAAAAGGGUCAAAGUCGUCAAAUUUGGUCUUCUGGAAUGGAAGGGUUAGUAAAGAUAAUUGAGGCGCUGCUAAAAAGGCAAGAGGAACAGUUUUCGGUUCUGGCAUCACUAGUGGGAAGAGAAGUGGCGGGAGAUAAAGAGGCUGCUGAUAAAAGAGGACGGUUGAAUGGAGAGUUGAAGAGGAUACCCAACCUUUCCUUACAAGCACGACUUCGAGCAGCAUCUUUGAUUGUUGGUGAUCCUGCAAAACUUGAUCUUUUCUAUAGUCUUUCUAAUGAAGAAAGAAAAGAAUGGGUGUCAAUGUCAUUAUCUGGCCUUAUUUAGCCUCAUGGGAAAUUAGUCAAAAAGGUUAUUUAGAACUCAUUUUUGGGUCUUUACUAUAACAUGCUUCAGUUAUAUAAAUAAUAUCUAGCUUGACUAAUAGAUUUUGCAUUAUAUU